AUGGUGUCAACAAGAGCAGCAGUUGAUCAAAAUACAGUAGCAGCGGAGUUGCAACGAGAGAUGAACCCCCAGUUGGAGGAAUUGAGACACAAGAACGAAGAAGAGAUAAAUGCCCUGAGAGAGGAGAACCAGCGGUUGCGAAGGCAACUUGAGAAAAAUUCUCAACAAAGGGAAGAAUCUCACAGUAAUGGAGAAGGAGAGGGCGACACAGGUCGAGAUGAAUUCAAGGUACAGACCACCACCCACCAAACAAGCGCGAGACCCAAAACAGCUAGACGACACCCCUUCGUGGACGAGAUCAUGGAGGUAGAACUUCCUGCACGCUGGAAGGGAUUGACUAUGAGCCAGUACGAUGGCACUACCGAUCCGGAGGAGCACGUUGACGUAUUCACCACCCAAUUCGCCACCAGUAAGCCACACCAUCUCACUUCUCUGGCGUUAGUAAAUAUACGACAUGAGAAGGGAGAAUCUUUGCGAGAGUUUAUGGAGUGCUUCGGGAAGAUAUCGUUGAAUAUCUCUAAUCUAAAUCCUGAGGUCGCCAUGCACCACCUUGUAACAGCGUUAAAGCCUGGCCCGUUCGUUGACAGUCUAUGCAAGAAGCCCGUGAGCAAUCUGGACGAGCUUCGAACCAGGGCAACCAAAUUUAUGCAGAUGAAAGAAUUAAAGGAGUUUCGCAGUACGACCCAAUCAGACACCCGGGAAAAGAAAUACAUUGACAGAGAAAGGGUGUUAGCACCGCGACCUGACAGUAGAUUCAAGGACUCUAGACAACCAAAGUACAACAGGUACACACCCCUCGUGUCUAACAGAACGAGAAUUUUGGAGGAGGCCCUUAAUGACGACCUAAUAGCAACCCUCAAAGGGUCCCGACUCCCCCAAAUGCGGAUACCACUAAGCAUUGUCGGACACCUGAGAAGAUUUGUCAAACGGGAGGAAGGGGGAUUCUCUUUAAGAGAAGAGCGAGAAGGUAGAUAUGAGGAGCGACCACGAAAAACGUCAGGGUACCAAGAGAGGCGAGAAAAAGGCACCAGAAGUAGGGUUGAGCCCGAGAAAGAUGAUGAACAGGAUGUGAGGGAGAAACCAUUGAGAGGGGUGAUCAACUAUAUAUCAGGAGGCUUUGCAGGAGGCAAAGCCACUAUGUCCGCGAGGAAAAAGUACGUCCGAGCAAUCCAAAAUGUUAAUGUCGUAUCUACAUGUCCAUGGCGGCACAUGCCACCCAUCACAUUCUGUGAUGAUGAUUUUCAAGCCAUUGACCCCCAACACGAUGACCCAAUGGUGAUCUCAAUGGAGAUUGAUGACUUUGCAAUAAGUAAAACCUUGGUAGACCAGGGUAGUUCAAUGGAUAUCCUGUACUGGGGCACUUUCAAAAAGUUAAGAAUUUCGGAAGUAGAAAUCCAAUAA